AUGGCUGAGAAAGCUCCUCCUUCCCUUGCGGCUGUUGCUGUUUCGUCUGUUAUUCUCGGCCUCCUGGCAGGUUACUUUAUCGGUCAAGGCUCCAGUAUUGGGCUUUUCGGCGGCCCAAACAAUCCGAGUGACGUCAAGAAAAGCUGGCCAAACAGUUACAAUGUCAAAAUUCAUGCCGACUCAAGUGAUGACCAGGCCGAUGACGAGGACGAGGGUGACGAAGAAGAGGGAGACGGAAAGGAAUUAAACGACUUCAAAGGGUCUACGGAGGAGGUGAAGCUCGUGUUAGCAGUGAGAACGGAUCUUGGGAUGGGUAAAGGUAAGAUCGCCGCUCAAUGCUCUCAUGCCACGCUCGCGUGCUACAAAUACCUUCUCAAUCAUGCUCAUUCGGCACCUUUACUCAAACGUUGGGAGUGGGGAGGUCAGCCUAAGAUCGCAGUAAAGGUCGACAGCGAGGAAGAGUUGGAGACGCUGCAGGCACAAGCCAUCAGCCUGGGGCUUUGUGCACAAGUCAUUCACGACGCUGGGAGGACGCAGAUUGCUGCCGGCAGUGCGACGGUACUGGGGGUACUCGGCCCCAAAAGCGUGGUCGAUCAGGUUACUGGACAAUUGAAGUUGUUGUGA